UUAUAACAUCACAAUAUAUUUAUUGUAGCAAUUGACAUCAUGGAUUUUGUCUUAAAAUCAGGACAUCCAUAAAAAUUUAACUAAUAUUAUUAUUAUACAGCCUAAAAUAUGGUUUUGCAAAAUCCAAUUCUAUUUAUUUUUUCCAGAUUUCCUCACUGGUCGAGACACAUGGAUCCGCAGGGUCGCUGCGACCGGGCGCAGUGGCGCGCGUCGGCCAGGCCGUCAACUGUGCCGUCGAACGUUUCGUUACCGUCGGCGAAACAAUUGCCGACGAUUACCAGGAAGUUCGACAGGGCAUGUACGAAGCAUGCAAGGAAGCCAGACAAGCCGGAGGCCUUAUCGAACAAAUUUGCGAAGAAACACAUGAAGACAUUUUGCCGGAUAGGAGUACUCUCAUUCGUGGCGCUAGGUGCCUUUUGGGUGCCAUAACGAGAGUACUUCUUUUGGCUGAUAUCGUCGUAGUCAAGCAACUUCUUCUAGCAAAAGAUAAGGUGUCCCACAGUCUGGAUCGACUGGAAUCCGUCAACAACUUUACGGAGUUCGUGAAAGCAUUCAGCCAGUUCGGUGCUGAGAUGGUCGAGCUGGCCCAUUUGACGGGCGACCGGCAGAACGACCUGAAGGACGAGAGACGGCGGGCGCAGAUGGCCGCCGCCAGACAAGUGCUCGAAAGGUCGACCAUGAUGUUGCUUACGUCGAGCAAAACAUGUCUUCGGCAUUCAGAAUGCACUGCGGCUCGAGAAAACCGCGACACAGUUUUCUGUCAGAUGAGGAGGGCAAUGGACCUUAUUCAUUUCGUCGUCAAGGAUGGCGUUUUAAACAAUAACAGCGAGUCAAGUGUACAAUCAACGCAUAGAGAAGAACUGGAAAGCGAUAGGGGUACUGCCUAUGCCUGUAUGAGGUAUCUACAGAAUCUAUUGGAGCAUAGUAAAACUGCUAUGGGGAACCAGUUUGCCUUAAGCGACGAAUUGCGAAUGGGAUUUGAAGGAUCUGCGAACUGUCCUGAUAUCGAAAACUCCGUACAAGACUGCAUAAACUCGGCAAGAGAUUUGUCGAAACACCUAGCGAACGCUGCCAUACACCAAGCUCAAGAUUUAAGCACGGCCACCAAACAGGGACUGGAAAUGGUCACGGCCAUCAGACAACAGUCGCUUAUGUCCGAAAUCGAUAGACUUCACCAUACCUCUAAUGCCUUUCAAGAUUCCAUUGAUCAUAUUUUGGAAGUCUGCAAAUUGCUACGUCACGUGGCCGUUUCGGAAACUUUGCAAGUAUCAGCAAAAUUCACCGAAAUCAAUUUGCGGGUAUAUGGACCGCAAGUUGUGACCGCUGCUAAAUCCCUUUCGACGUUUCCGAACAGCAAAAUCGCCCAGGAAAACUUGGAGGUCUUCGCCGACAUGUAUCAGUGGCUUGUAUCGGACGUAACGACGAUAGUUAAAGAUGUUUUGGAUGCAAUUUUUGUUAUAUUUUUGCAGAAACAUGGUACAACUUCGAAGCCGCUGAAAUCUGUUAGGUUAGACGUGGACGAGCAAGAAAAAAUAGCCAAGUCUGGGCUGGAAAUGAAACUGAUAACCAGCGAGAUGGACGCAGAAACUGAUAAAUGGCAAGAGAAACUCAGCGGACUUCCAGUCAGCAAGACCAAAAUUAAAACCAAAACUUGGUAUCUUUAUGGUAGAUCUUUAUCGAGAUCGAUCCAGCAGCAUUCACAGAAAAUUAAACCAGACAAACUGGAGAACAAUGAUAUCGUUAAAAGAGCUAAAAAUAUGUCAGCAAUGGCAUUCUCUAUGUACCAGUUUACCAAAGGCGAAGGGGAUUUGAAAACUACUCAGGAUUUAUUUACGCAAGCCGAAUAUUUUGCAGAAGAAGCGAACAGAUUGUACAAAGUCAUAAGACAAUUCAGUUAUCAGGUGCCUGGCGGUUCAAAUAAGAAGGAAUUGCUGGAAAAUUUAGAUAAAGUACCGACUUUUGUGCAAAGGUUGCAGUUCACUGUUAAAGAUCACACUGUUGGAAAAGCUGCCACCUUUACAAAAGUCGAUAAUGUUAUUCAAGAAACCAAGAAUUUAAUGAACGUCAUUUCGAAAGUAGUAACAACUUGCUUCGAAUGUGCAACAAAGUAUAAUGUAUCGUUACCACAAAGGGUAAAAGUACCAUGCGCAACAUUGGAUGGUAGACAUUUACCUAUACAUUUCAGCCCUCAGGCGUUAAACAGAUUGGCGAAUCCUUAUGCUACCUUACCAAGAUAAAAAAGUACAAACUGGAGUUCAGAGGUGCCGGUGCCGGAGUCGGAAGAGGUUCCGGAGGAGAGGGCGGUUCUUCCUCUGGCGGUGCCAGCGGCCCAGACAACAAAGGAAGUGGCACCACAGGCUCGGACCAGAGCUUAUGACAAAUGGGGAUGUCCCGGCGUAACAAGGGCGACUCGAGACGUACUCGAGUCUCCUUCUUGUUGUUCUAGGACAUCUGCCUCCCCCAAUUGCUUAUUUCCUAAGGAAAUCGCUUCUUUUGUAACUGUGUAUAGAAGUAUUUUCAUAUUAUGACGCGGCAUCUUUGAACAAAUAAUUUUUAUACAAAUAGACGGUGCCUCCCAAUACCAAAUACAUAACUAUAUAUAGGCGAUCGUUAAAAUCAACCAA